GUAGUUCCACUAGGAUGUCUGUGAAAAGUGUUGUUUUACGUCAGUUGGAGGAGAAAAGCUCUCUCCUAAAAUCACGGAUGGAGCGUACGUCGCGGCUCAUACAGCAGCACCGCGACACGUAUGCUGAGCUGUAUGAGGAGCGUGAAGAAAUCAAACGCACGCUGCACAUCAUGAAAAGUUCACCUUCCAUCGGCCCCGUCAAUUACUACAUCCCUAAGCUUGGGGAUGUAUGUGAAGUGUGUGCGCGGGUGAUGAAGCGUAUGACCAUACGCACACGCUGGACGUACUGCACGGAGUGCAGGGCGCGACGCUGUACGACGUGCAGCAGAAGAGAACUGUGGUGUUGCAGCGUAGGAACAGAUAAGAGGGAGGAGACGGAGGUGGUUGCUGAGGAGGUGAUGCAGCAGCAGGAGGUGGUGCAUGCCGAUGAAGAUGCUGCUAUGCUAGAUCUUGUGAAAAGAGAGGAGCAGCAGGAGGAAGCGGAGAUGCAGCAGGAGGAAGCGGAGUUGCAGCAGGAGGAAGCGGAGGGUGAUGAAGUCGAUACGGAGAUUGAUAUAGGCGAAGAAUUUUGUCAGUUCGACUCGCCUGCAUCUCCCGACAACAUAGCUGACAGGGGAAAGCUUGUCAUCGUGAAGAUAGAGGCGAGUGCUGAAGAAGAGACAAUCGACGUCGUAUCGUGAAAUUUUUGUGUUUAUGUGCGUGAGUGUAUAGUGAACGCGUAAGUUUUAUCAUUAAUUAUAUUUACCCGUGUAUGUGUGUGUGUGUGCCUAGAUUAGUAAUUAAGAGUAAGGAGU